AUGAUCGUUGGCUAUACGACAAGCGAGUGGUUGAAAGUGAAGUCGUUGUAUCGGAGUGAUGAUCUGGCCGAGUUGCGUUAUGCGGUCGCCAUUCUGCAGGUGUGGCGUAUUCGUAUGGGUAACUCGAUGCAUGUGGCCGCGGAAAUGAGUGAACUGAUCCUAUCGGCGAUCAUCGCAGACAAAGAAUCGACGGCACUCUCAGCGGCCACUAGUGACAGCGAUUGGUUGUCAACAUUCAAUCAACGCUUGCUCUACAGUGCGGCAGUGAUUCGCUUCGUGAACUAUCUCAACGAACUCUGUCAACAGAAACAACCGGCCAGAACAAUGUCCAUCAAGCAAGCCGUCAGUAUGAUGAAUGUGCCAUCGUGGGUUGUCGAAGUACGUCAUCAGGCCACUCAUCAGCAUUUACCGUCACUGAAUAUUCUGAGAACGGCCACAAAUUGGUGUCGCGAUUGGCUGUGGUCAAAUCAUUGGCAGAAGCCAAUUGACGAGGCAGUGCUCUACAAUGAUAACGACGAGGAUAUGCAUCAGUUGAUAACAAUUUACGAUCAGAUUGAAUUGUUGAUCAAUGAUUUUAUCAGAGAUCGAAUGAACUCGUUGAAC